AGUGUUAGAAAUCUGACACAUUCCGACGGACCACGCCUGUUUUCGCGUGAUAUUACGCACGGAUUUAAGGCGUGGCACUCACCUGGAAGUGGUGACGCCCUUUGACGUACUCCUGAACUUUUCAUGGACCCGAAAAAAUACGCCUACGUACUACUAAAACAACAACAUAGUACUGUAGCGUAGGACUAGGACUAGGAGGCCGGGUGGACGUCUAGUUUUUCGUCGGACAUGUGAUUGUGGAAGUCCCGGGGAUUUCCAGUGCAGCUACGUAGUUCGCCCCUCUCCAGAACUGUAUAGAUGGACACUAGAGACUGAGAGCGACUUCUACUUCCUACCACCAGAAAAAGGCACUGAACAGGAAAACAUUUUUCAGCAACAGCAACAGAAUCUAGGAAGGAGGGAGUUGAGUGAAUUGUUUUGGGUAAAUACUGGAGGAUCGGAAGCACAGAAAACAACAUGGGUCCUGCAGACUUGUUUGGAUUCUUGCUGGUUUUCUGUCUGAGCUUACAUGGACUUGAAGGAGCAGAUGUGUGGACUAUUGAGGGAGACUCUCCUGUCCUACCCUGUGGGAUCACCUAUGACCCGAAUGUAAAUCUCUUCUGGACGCUGCAGCCUGAAAACAUAAUUCUACUUCUCAAGCAUCCAGAUGGGAGAGUUGAGGUGCUGGAGGACCCGUUUAAAGGAAGGGUUGAUUUCGUGGACAGGAAGAAUUUGAAGAUCAGGAACGUGUCCAGACUAGACGACUCUUCAGUAUGGGGGGGAGAGUAUCGGUGUUCACAGGGAAGCAGGGCUGGAGAGAGAACACAUCUGCAUGUCAGACACCCUCCCAGCCGAGUGGCUAUCACAGGUUACAACAGCAGCACCACAUUGCAGCCCGGAGAUGAACUGCAGUUGUCCUGCGAUGCUGAUGACAGCAACCCGGCUCCUAGCUACGCCUGGUACAAAAACGGCAUCAAAAUUGGUGAAGGCAGAACAGUCAACAUCAACCCGGUAAAACUGGAGAACAACGGAGAUGUCAUCAGGUGUAAGGUGACAGUCCAUGAUGACAGAGAACCGGUUUUCCACUGGGAAGGGCAGAGACAAGUGAGGCUGUCUGUCAGAGCUACAGGUAGGUCCUGGUUAGCCUCUACUAGGCACCACAGAUCGCUGGAAAAAUAG